AUAAACUCCAAAGGGUUUGAUUUAGGCUACCUAGAAACCUGUAACACAACUGAACAGAAACAUCCAGAAGAGAGACAUAGCAGAUACAAACACCAAUGGAAAGAUCUGAAGUCGAGGAUUAAUCAUUCACCAGGACAGUUGCUUGAGAGACAAUGUGGGUGCGUGUCGGACAUGUUUUCCUCCUCACUUGGACUGUGCUGAAUGUCAGAGCUGAAUGCUUCAAUUGUCAGAUGGAAUACUUAAUCUACAGCUGCAGAAUUACAAAUAUAAAACACUAUUGCAACUGUACAGUCCACAUCAAAAUAUCCAUGCUACAACCCCCACAUUCUGACUGUCAUACAGUACAAAGGUGCAAUGAGUUACUUAACAGUACAAUACACAACUGUAUGACAGAACAUGACAAGAAACAUCAAAUGGUAGUCGAUUUUACAGAUGCAUGUUGUUCUUCCACUACCAUGACAACAGCCACUACUUCUACUCCUACCACCACCACCAAAGAAACUACCCCUAAAACUAAAACUACUGCUGCUACUCUUUCUUCGUCGUGUUGAUCUCAUUCAACAUCGCAGAGAUUUUGAACCCUGAACUCGAGGUGAACCUGCCCCCCAACCUUCUCUCAGGGCAAAAGCGGAGACACACCCCUGACAUGGUUAAGUUCAUCUUCUCUGUGCUUAAAACCUCACCACCAAAUUGGACCGUAGAGAGACAACUUGGUAAGAUUCUCUUUGGUAUUGAAGUUGAGAACAUAACCAUCUCUCACCUGUCAACACCAUUCAACAUGACCUUCAAACACAAAUCUGAACUACAGGAAAAAGAGAAUACAACGUGUGUCUACCACAACCGGAGUCGAGGUGAAUGGGUCACUGAUGGCUGCCACACCCUGAGGCUCACUAACCAGACCAUCUGUAGCUGUGACCACUUCUCCUUUUUUGCCCUCAUGAUCCCUGAUAUGAAGCUGAGUGAGGUCCAUGCCAGGACGCUGAGUGUGCUCACCUGUGUGGGCGGAGCCAUCUCUGUGUUCUUCUGCACCAUCACCUUACUGACACACUGUCUUCAGCAUUCACGGAAAUCUACUGACCAUGCCAUGCUGGUUCAUCUCCAGUUGGUGGCAUCUCUGUUGUUACUCAACCUGCUGCUCUUGACCAGUGUGGGUUUGGCCUUUGUGGGCCCUGCAUCUAUGGCCUCUGGCCUGUGUCCUGCUGUGGCCGCCCUGCUGCACUACUCACUGCUCUGCUGCUUCACCUGGAUGGGCCUGGAGGCUCUGCAUCUGUACAGGCUGCUGGUCCUGGUCUACAACACCUACAUGAGACACUACCUGCUGAAGCUGAGCCUGCUGGGCUGGGGUGUUCCUGCUUUGGUUGUAUCCAUAGUCGCCGCUGUCAGUACAGAUUUCUAUGGGCUGAAUAACAGAAUGUGCUGGAUCAAAGACUCUGGUGUGCAGUACGGCUCUGUUGUGGCUUACCUGAUAGGGGUCCUGCUCUUCAAUAGCACCAUCUUCGCCAUCGUCAUCACAACGAUGCUCAAGCUGCGCUCUGUCACGUCGCCGCAGGGGAAGAGGCAGAGCCGCAACAUCACCUGCAGCGUUCUUGGGUUGACCUGCAUCCUGGGCCUCACCUGGGGGGUGGGCUUCUUCUCCAUGGGCUACACCAACUAUGUCAUCCUCUACAUCUUUACCAUCCUCAACUCACUGCAGGGGUUCUUCCUGUUCCUAUGGCUCUGCGUUAAGAGACUGCGGGGGGCAGAGCAGAGUUCCAUGACAACUGGACAGAGCUCAAGCACCCACAUUCUCUCCGUUGGAAGCGAGGUCUGGCCCUCUUCUGGAAGAACAAGGCAGUCAGUGCAAGAGGGAGCAAUUGCUGACAAUACAGCUAAGUUCUGACCAAAAGCUGACUUUAGUUUGUGAUGCUUUAGCUCACUGAGAUGAAAGGAAAUCUACAAAUGGAAAUGAAGUACCGUGAAGGAAUUGUUUUGCUUCGGGCCCAUACAGUACAUCACAUACUUAAAUAAAUAAAUGUUAAAGCAGAUAAUCCUGAAGAAAGAACGUGUUGUACUCCUAUCGUUUAAUUUCUUCCUGUUAAAAUGAGAUUUGUUGUUUUAUAUGCCAUGAUUUAUUUGCCACCUUUCACCUAAAGCCUUCUAUUAUUAUUAUUAUUAUUCUGGGAUGGAAAGGGGAGUUGGAACUGUUCUCAGAGAUGAAACGUAAGUGAAUUGUAAUGAUUGUACACUAAUUCUGUAUUAAAUAUACAUAUACAGUACCAGUCAAAAGUUGACACUGUCAUGACGUUGGCCUGGGGGAUGGGUUUAUGAGAGUCAUAAAUACCUCUCCCCCCCUUUUAACUUUCUCUAACCUACUGAAGUUACAUUUAAAAAACCCUUGGUUAACAUAGAGAUUCUGGGAACAUCAGAAUGUGGGGGGAAAUCAACUAUAUUCUGGUAACCCAAACAAUUGAACAUAUGUGGUGGUGCUCAAUGAAUAUGAUGUCAGAGAGAAUAAAGUAGACGGCGCACGUCAAACGUUUGAUUUAUGAACCUAUGUCAUGAUGACGUGUGCACAGCAAUAUUUGGGCAUCGGGUCAGGACAUCCUGGCGGGAACUAAUCACGUGAUUAUGCCCAUAUAUGGGCAUCCCGUUCCUGUUCUCACACGUUAGAGGGUGUGCUAAUUUAUACAUAUAUUGUAUCAAUUCCUUUGAAGUUGUCAUGAUGAUUGAUGUCUAGGUACCUGGUUGAACUGGGGGGGGGGGGUCUGUAUUUUAACUUUUGAAAGAGAAUGGCCCCACACCCCUAUUUUAUUGCCCUUAGGGUUGUUAUCUAUGAAGCAGGAAUGUCUGGGAGGGUGAUUGUGUGUGUGUGUGUAUGUGUGUGUGUUAGAAACAAGGUCCAUUCGCAUUGUGUACAUUACAAGCUUUCAACAACAAUAAAACAGCCAUCUAAAUAAUGUUUCUCUGCCUAACACACUGUUGAGUGUCCUAUUUAGUUCUCUUUAUAUGUACAUGCACCGAGCUUCCAGGUGGCUCCAGCCUAUGGAUGUUUGGUGCAUGUACACCGGGGAGAUUAGAACCCAAAGAAAGAUCCUAAAGGUAAUUUCAGAUUCAGGUUUAGGGUGUAAUAAUAAUAAUAAUAUUUCACUGUAUAUUUGUUUAAGGCCACCUAGAAACACCUGAUUUAUCCCACAGCAUUAAUGAAUAAGCUGGGUAUAACAAUAUUCUGUUUAAGUCAUAAGUAAAGGCCUUUCGAAAAAGAGGCUGUCAUGAUUGACUGUGGCCCAUAUUCAACCCAUAUUGCUUGUUACAGAAGACUACUGUUGUACAUUGAAUAUCCAUUCAUCCCUGUUACACCUUUAUGUGUUGGCUCUCUAUGUCUGUACAUAGUGUGAAAUGUGGUUUCCCUAAAGUUAUUAGUUAGGUAUUUAGUAAAUAAAUAAUUAAACCCAAUUUUGUAUUGCUGAUUCAAAUUGUUAGCCAGGGUUCUUGCAGAUAACCAAGAAUUUACAACUUUCAGAUGAGACUGAAUUGAGGUGACGAUUGAUAUCGACUGCUAUGGAUGUAAAAUAUUACUAGGUCUUUAAGAGUUUAUUCGGAAGAUAACAGCUCUAUAAAUAUUAUUUUGUGGUGCCUGCCUCUAGUUAAUUACAUUUACAUGAUUAGCUCAAUCAGGUAAUAGUAAUUACGGAGAAAUUAUUUUAUAGAAUAGCACGUUAUAUCACUUCAUCCGGCAUAGCCAGACACAACAACACCUACUUUAUUUUUUACUAUUUUCUACAUUGUAGAAUAAAUAGUGAAGACAUCAAAUCUAUGAAAUAACCCAUGGAAUCAUUUAGUAACACAAAAAGUUAAACAAAUAUAUAUAUUAUACAUUUGAGAUUCUUCAAAGUAGCCACCGUUUGCCUUGAUGACAGCUUUGCACUCUUGGCAUUCUCUCAACCAGCUUCAUGAGGUGGUCACCUGGAAUGCAUUUACAUUAAACUGGUGUCUCUUGUUAAAAGUUAAUUUGUGCAAUUUCUUUCCUUCAAAAUACAUUUGAGCCAAUCAGUUAUGUUGUGACAAGGUCGGGGUGGUAUACAGAAGAUAGCCCUAUUUGGUAAAAGACCAAGCCCAUAUUAUGGGGUCAAAUUGCUGCAAAGAAAACACGACUAAAGGACACCAAUAAUAAUAAGAGAAUUGCUUGGGCCAAGACAUUGGAGCAAUAAACAUUAGACCGGUUGAAAUCUGUCCUUUGGUCUGAUGAGUCCAAAUUUGAUUUUUGGUUCCAGAUGCCGUGUCUUUGUGAGCUGCAGAGCAGGUGAACGGAUGAUCUCUGCAUGUGUAGUUCCCACAGUGAAGCGUGGAGGAAGUGGUGUGAUGGUGCUUUGCUGGUGACACUGUCAGUGAGUUACUUAGAAUUCAAGGCACACAACCAGCAUGGCUACCACAGCAUUCUGCAGCGAUACACCAUCCCAUCUGGUUUGCGCUUAGUGGGACUAUCAUUUGUUUUUCAACCGGACAACGUAACAACACACCUCCAGGCUGUGUUAGGGCUAUUUGACCAAGAAGGAGAGUGAUGGAGUGCUGCAUCAGAUCACCUAGCCUCCACAAUCACCUGACCUCAACCCAAUUGAGAUGGUUUGGGAUGAGUUGGACCGCAGAGUGAAGAAACAUCCAACAAGUGCACAGCAUAUGUGGGAACUCCUUCAAGACGGUUGGAAAAGCAUUCCAGGUGAAGCUGGUUAUGAGAAUGCCAAGAGUGUGCAAAGCUGUCAAAGGGUGGCUACUUCGAAGAAUCUCAAAUAUAUUUUCAUUUUUUUUUUACACUUUUUUGGUUACUACAUGAUUCCAUAUGUGUUAUUUCAUAGUUGAGGUCUUCACUAUUAUUCUACAAUGUAGAAAAUAGUAAAAAUACAGAAAAGUAGCCAAACUUUUGACUGGUACUGUAUAAUAAUAAAAAAAAA